CGCCAGACCUUGAAAGAGACGAGCCGCAGCCAUGUCGUCCAAGAAGCCCUCUGGCAAGACUCAGCGCUCCGCUAUUGCGGAUGUCGUCGCCCGCGAGUACACCAUCCACAUGCACAAGCGACUCCAUGGUGUCACCUUCAAGAAGAGGGCUCCCCGUGCCAUCAAGGAGAUCAAGUCCUUCGCCACCAAGGCCAUGGGUACCUCUGAUGUCCGCAUCGACCCCCAGCUCAACAAGAAGGUCUGGGAGAACGGUGUCAAGGGUGUUGACUACCGACUCCGAAUCCGAAUUUCCCGACGACGAAAUGACGAGGAGGGUGCUAAGGAGAAGCUGUACAGCUACGUUCAGGCUGUGAACGUCAAGGACCCCAAGGGCCUCCCCACGGUCCUUGUUGAGGAAUAAAUGCAAAAAGUUUCUCUUCUGGGACAAGGUCUACGGUGGCAUGGCAUUUGGAGUUGCAAUCGGCUUACUGGCUUUUGACGCUGAAAAUACACAGAGGGAAAAUGUGAUCAAAGCUUUGAAGUCCAUCCUUGACGACAAUCAUCGGUGCCUCGGCGUGAAGUGGUCAGUUCAAGGCUUUUUAUGGGGGCGAAUCAAUCAUGUCUUUCGGAUCUAGUGGUCGUGGAUGUCUCGAGAUGUCGAUGAGGGUAUUCUAUCGACAAUGGUCUGCCUGUUUUUGACCCAAACGAUAUCACU